GAGAGAGGGAUAGACCUCCCCUCCAGUUACCAACCACUUCUCCUCAGGAGAACUGGGAUCGAAUACCAUUUGAAUUCUCUCAAAUACUGUUUUGCCUCCUGUGAACUUUGCCAUGAGGAAUGACAGGCUUCGGAGUCUGCCGGUAUGCCACUGCCUUAACUGGUGUACCUUAUUUAUGAAGUCAGCUACACAGACGAGGGACUUUGCAGAGUGAGUGAGUAAGUUAGAGUGUGUGUGUGUGUGUGUGUGUGUGAGAGAGCGAGACCGAAACACACAGUGAAAUAGACGGAGGAAGGAAAGGAACAACGUGACCAGAGGGAGUAGGAGAGUCUUGGGUUACAGGAGCAUUAAGGCGGUUGGGUUUGUUGGCGAGGAUCUUAGCAGGGGAUCUAUUUUUCCUCUGUAUCUCUCCUCCCUACCGUGGACACCUGUAGAGUUGGGGGCCGGUGGGUCAGAGGGGACAAGGGCGUGGGGUAGCAUGGGACAGAGUGCCAGCGACGUGGAGACAGUACCCUGGCAACACCAACCGCAACCUGCUCAACACAACACUGAUGAUGAGGUGGACUUGCAGCAUAGUACGACAGGGAGCGAGGGGGGGAACUCAUCAGGUGAAACCCCUCCCUCCAAACGCAAGGGCAAGUUCUCCAGCUUUGGCAAUAUGUUCAAGCCCUGGAAGUGGAGGAAGAAGAAGAGCAGUGAGACGUUUCUGGAAACCUCAAUAGUGUUGGAGAGGAAGAUCUCGGUAAGGAGACCUCGUCAGGAGCUGAUUGACAGGGGAGUGCUGAAAGAACUUCCAGAGAAUGAGAGCAACGAUGUGAACCACUCCAAAGUUCCCGGGGUGAAGAAUGGCCAGCCAGUAUCCAUGGACGUUGACCGGGUCUCAGAGUCGGGGGUGAGGGGGUCGCGGGGGGAGCCAGGCCCAGGGCUCAACCCCACUUGGCUGCCCCAGGGAGUGGACCCCCGGCGGGGCACUGUCCCUUCAGACGACCCCCGGAGCAGGAUCAGGGUGUCCUCCGAUGCCUCUCGCUCCAACCGAGCCCCACUGGACGUUGACUCGCACGCCAGGCUAUCGGCCAUAGAUCUGGAGAGACGGAGCAGACUGCCCUCUGACGUGUCGGAGAGGAAAGGAGGGUCACUACCGAGAGGACCUGCUCCAGAGGAUGGGAAGCAUCGGAGAGAGGGGAAAGAGGACAAGCGAGAGGAGAGGCGAGACGGGAAAGAGGAGAGGCGAGACGGGAAAGAGGAGAGGCGAGACGGGAAAGAGGAGAGGCGAGACGGGAAAGAGGAGAGGCGAGACGGGAAAGAGGAGAGGCGAGACUGGAAAGAGGAGAGGCGAGACGGGAAAGAGGAGAGGCGAGACGGGAAAGAGGAGAGGCGAGAGAGGAGAGAUUUGAAAGAGGAAAGGAAAGAGAGGAGAGAUCCUUGUGAUGAGAGAGAAAGAAAGGAUCAGAGGGAGGAGAGAUACCGGGAGGGAGGCGAACGGAGGGAUGAUAAAGACAAGGAAAAGAGAGACAGGAGAGAUGACAGGGAAAGGAGGGACAGAGAUUAUCGAGAGGAGGAGAAGAGAGAUGAUCGAGAGAGGAGGGAUGACAAGAGAAUCGAUUGUGAAAGGCGAGAUGCUCGUGAUCGCAGGGACGAUGGAGAGGAGAAGGACAGGAGAAGGAGUCCUAGGACUGGGAAAACAGAGACUGUCUUGAGACCUGUAGAAGGGAGUCGUCCGGUGGUCAGACCCCACUCUGAGAUGGAGCUGAGGCCCAGUUUCCAGAAGACCUCCUCAGAGGACCGCCGUAGCAAGGUCCGCCCUGCCUCCGAGACUUACAGUGGAAGCACCUUGCCCAGGUACAUGCCAUCUGAGGAGACCAAACGAGGGGAGACCCACGGAAGAGCAGAGUCCACUGGUGUCCACUUUGCCCCAGGCCCCACCCCAGACCCUGACUCCGCCUUUAACUCCUCUUCCUCCUGGAGAGCUCAGCCUCCUGCCAAACAGACCAUGCUCCCUCCCAAGGGCCAACCCACCACUACCACCUCCACGGAGCCUGGCCGGACCUCCACCCCACCUUCUUCCUCCUCCUCCUCAACUUCCUCCACCUCCUCUGCAAUAGCGGUGGCCAAGCCACCCAGGACUGUUUCCCUGGUCAUCAGUGAUGACCCUCCUCCCAGCCCCGUCCCCCCUGCGCGGUUCAGCCAUGUACCCCCAUCCUUCGCCCCGGGAGAGUCGGCCACCCCUCCCCCUGUACCCCCCCAUGCCAAGCAGCCACCUGUACCCCCACCCAAACCCACCAACCGCAACAGCAACCUCGCUCCGCUUGCGGAGUUCUCUCAGGCUGGCAGUGGUGUCAUCGUGUUUCCUGCCCCCACCAGGUGCUCUCCACCCACUCCGCCCAAGAGGAUGACCCCGGUCACCAAGAGCCUCUCCGACGACACGUCCCUUGAGGCAGAGACCUCUUUCCCAUCUCGUUCUUCCCCAUCUCGUUCUUCCCCUGUUCCAGUCCCCAUACCUACUGUCUCUGUACCCCCCAGCGCUGACCAAGAUGCCAAUCGGGACACCCUUAAGGCAGUAGGCUUCCAACUACCCACCUCUGACCCUGUACCACGACCUCUGUCCCAUAUACCCAUGUCCACUCCUAGCUCCCACCCCCACCUACCUCUCCCCAACUCUGUCUCCGUCCCCCUCCCUAUCCAUCAGCAGGAUCCUCCCAGCCCUACCACAGAGCCACCCAACCACCCCCCAGCCUCAGUCCCAGCCAUCCCCCUGCACAUCCUGAUCCAGCGGGCCCUGUGCUCCCCCAGCCUGGCCCAGGCUAACCCAGACGGAUCCCAGAGAGCCCACUCCAUGCUGUUUGAGUCCCCUCCAGAGUUCCUCACUGAGGCUGGAGUCCGACGCUCUCUACCCAUCACCAUAGAACUGCUCAGACUACCUGAGGAUGAUGACUUCAACAUAGAGGAGGAGUUGGAGAAGCUUCACCCCAGGCGGAUGCUGCCCUCCCAGCCCCCCAGGCAGCCUGAGCUGGAGCCCAGGAGCAGAAGGGGUCUGAUGGGGGAACCCAGGGUCAGUGUGAUCCCAGAGGGCCGGGGGCACGGAGACAGCAGUGAAGAGGAGACGGACUCUGACGGACCCAUCCUCUACAGAGAUGACGAUGAAGACGAGGACGAAGAUCCACCAAGUGCCUUGGCGAGCCGUGUGACGAGGAAGGACACCCUAGCCUUGAAGCUGGAGAGACAGCAGGAGAGAGAGGAGCAGGAGGAAGGAGAAGGACAGGACGGAGUCGGUUGGCAGAGCAGAGAGCAGUGGGAGGCACUCAGGAACAAGAUCGGUACUACGCUCAACAGGAGGUUGAGUCAGAGACCCACAGCAGAGGAGUUGGAGCAGAGAAACAUCCUUCCAGCCAGGAACGAAGCUGAUAUCAGGGCAGAGAGGAGCGAGAUCAAACGCAGACUAACGAGAAAGCUGUCCCAGAGGCCCACCAUUGCAGAGCUUCAGGCCAGGAAGAUCCUGCGUUUCCAUGAGUACGUAGAGUGUACCACAACUCAAGACUAUGACCGCCGUGCAGACAAACCCUGGACCAAGCUCACGCCCUCUGAUAAGGCUGCCAUCCGCAAGGAACUUAAUGAGUUCAAGAGCUCUGAGAUGGAGGUUCAUGAAGAGAGCAGGAUCUAUACCAGAUUCCAUCGGCCUUAGCUGUGCUCCCUGGCCUGGCUGCAAAAGAAGAACUUAAAUGCAAUACGGAGCCGGGGGUUUGCAGGACUCCAAUAUGGAACGCACAAACCCCCUGGUGACUGCAAUACCCACAUUCCCUUGUCCUGGAACAAGCCUGUUCCUCUCCCGGAAGGCACAGUAUUGAUGGCUGUAUCUGAAACCAUGGCCUAUCUGUGACCAUGGACUAUGAAUUUGUGGAUGUGGUCCCUUGGUCUAUCCAGUCAUUGUUGAAGCCACGGACUAGAGGUGAGUCCCAUCGGUCCAUUUCCUCAGAUAUGAAACCAUGGGGCUACUGGUACUACUGUACUGCAGCGUUGAGCUUCCUGACAAAAUGACCCAUGGGGGAGCAGGUGGAGAACAACAGAGGUGGUGGUUUAGGCCUAUUUCAGAGGACAUUUUGUUACUUCCCUGUGCCAACAUUGUGGCUUACGAUAGGCCUGACAAAAGUGACAGAGAUUGACAGAGAAUAUCCUGUUUUGUUCAUCACAUCUACAUUCUCUGUCGCUACCUAAGGUAAGAAUAUUCCCAAGAGGCCUUCUGCACCUGCUUUUUAGACUUCCCUCAACACUUUGCCAUAUUUUUAUUUGAGAAGAGGAAAGAAUUGUGUACGUAUUGAUUGUUGAUCAUGAUGAUGGUUGACAUUUGUACACGGUGGUACUAAUGAUGUCCAAAUAAAUGAGAUACUGAACUUUGUUAGACUACAUGACACUGGUGAAACCCUCCAACGUGUGUGUGUACCCACUGGUACUGGCCUUAUCGAUGUUGGGACAAUACAUGGAGGGGUAUGAAAACUGUACAGAGGAAAUGUGAAAUGGCUAUAUGUAGCCUACAUAUAUCAGUGACGGGUUUAGUUAAAGGAAAUUCAAAUGUAGCCUCAACUAGUCCGCUUACUAGCUGUUUUACAUAGACCUAGAUCUUAUUCAACAGCUCCAUUCUCCCCAUAUACAAUGAUGUGCAUUUUUACUGUAUUCUGUACAUUUCUGACAGCCAAUAAUACAAGCUAACUAAUUGUUUUUUCAGGCAUAGCAAUAAGGCACCGUAUUGUUAAAAUGGGAAUUUAAAGUUAAAAAAUGUAAUUGUACAAUUUGAAACAUUAGAAUAAUUGAAUAAGACCUAACAAAGCUUACAUGCACUAUAAUUAUUUCACGGAUGGUGUUGAAGGCCUGCAGCAGGAACAUGGAUAUAUUUUUACUUAAACAUUUUUUUAUUAUGUUACUUCGUAUGUAGGCCAAUGGUUGGCCUCAGCUGUAUAAACUUAUCCUGUAGAUUUGACUUUAUAUUAAAUACUGCAUGUCUUCCUAAUGUUAACAAAAAUGUAUUUUUAAAUGUGAUUAAAGUAUUACAACAGUGCUAUUUUCUAAUAAUGUUACAGAAAUUGGUACAGAAAAAGCAUCCCCUUAUUUUGCAGAUGUUUUUUAUGAAGAGAUCUUUAAAAUGAUUUGCAAACCUAUUGUAUAAAUGAAUGGUCAACUUGCACUCAAAUUAAAAUAAAUGGUUUAUCAUGAA